AGUCCUCUUAAAUUCACAAUGAAUUUGACUAAAUUAUUAUAUCUAACCUUUCUGGUCUUGAUCCUGUGUGGAUUUGUCAGUGGAUUUGUGAUCUCCCAGCCAGAUUCAUCAGUGAGGACACAGCCCGGAUUCUCCACAACGUUUCAGUGCCAUGUUCGGGCAGAAGGCCACUAUUCAUUUUUUUGGAUAAAAGUUCCUCUUGAAGGAGCUUCAGUUUAUAUAGCUAAUGUAAAUUCACUGAGGGGUGAUGUGGAAAUGUUUGGCCAAUUUAAAAAUAAUCCCAGAAUCAAAGUUAUUUUGAAUGAAACGAGCUUCAGCUUGUUGUUUUUGUCCACGGAGCCAGCCGAUAUUGCAGUGUACAUUUGUGGAGCACAAGGCUACGAGCAGUUAUGUUUUGGAAAUGGGAGUAAGCUGAUUGUCGAAGAUACAGCUGCAAUUGAACCAACAGUGCCAAUUGAAAAUGAAGAGGAAAGAAACAUAAAAUUGUCAGUUUUUGACUAUGCUGUGCCCAUACUAUCAGUGACUAAUGUGGCAUCAAUAUUUAUCAUCAUUGCUCUCAUUUAUCACGUUUUAAAAAAGAAAAAAUCAGGUGUGACAAGACCAGACCAUGGUACAGGUGAAUAUAAUACAGAUGAAGUAAGCUACGCUGCUCUCACACAUAGCCACAACCAGAACUACACCCCAAUGAGAAGAACCAAAGUGGACACCGUGGUCGUAUAUGGAGUAGUGCAACACCAAGAGGGAGUAGAGUUAUAGUUAGCUAAAUAAUCAGUCACUCUUUUACAUCCUGCGUGUUCAUUAUUCAUUUAUAAAUCCAUUACAUUAUAUAUAUAUAUAUAAAAUCAUCACUCAGCUUCCACAGGCCAAGCUUACAUUUUAUAUUUAAUAGCAUGAAUUUCAUUAAAACAUCAUAUCAUAUGAUUAGGGAUGUGUUUGGUAAUAGUAGAUUUUUGGGUUUGGAUUGUUAUAUUUGUAUAUUUUAAACUGUGACUAAUAUUGUAUUAUUAUUUUAUUUGAAGAAAAGUAGUGCUGUACUUUUUGAAAUUAAUAUAUCUUAUUAUAUACUGUAUGUUCAUGUUAUGUUCUUCUGCUUGCUUCAGCCA